UUUUUGUUCAUAUAGAGCUCGUUUGCUUUAUCAAGACAGCCGUAGGUCUAUGUAAUGUUGUUAGCUAACCCUUCGUAUAGCAGCUUCCGUCCGUCUUUGUGCCAGCAGUGAGCUGUAUGUGCUACGGCUUAUAUUAUAUAUACAUUAUAUAUCAUAUUACAUGCGGCUUGUAUCUGGCAACAGAAUGAAUUUUAAUGCAUUGAAAUAAGUCAACAGUUAAGAUGGAGGAAAAGCAGUUUACAUCACUGACGGUUCCCACGGAUUAUUUUCAGCAGUGGUACCAGUCCAGCCAGCAGCACCCCGAGGCGCAGCAUGUGAUGUCAUAUCACAACAUGGGCCAUUACACGGAGGGUCCUGCGGAUGAGCCCGUCAUGACGGAGCUGUCUGUCCACAGAGAUCCGCCUGUUUACCAGGAGCCUUUUUACCAGAACUACCCUCAGUUCCCAAAUCACUACCAGGAGCAGAACUGGCAGCAGAAUUUCAGGGAGCAGCAGCAGCAGCAGCAACAACAACAACAGCAGCAGCAGCAGUAUCCUCCAGUCCUGCACCAGCCACAGCAUCAACAUACGACGCAGCAGCCGGAGCCAAGUGUUCAUCACCAGCUUCAGCCCCCUGGUCCCCCUCAAGCCGUGACACCAGUGAAGAAGAAGCGAGGUCGACCUCCCAAACAGCAGACUGAGGAUGGUGAGACACAGGAGGAGGAGGACGAGGCCGAGGCAGCCAAAAAAGCCAAGAGGGCUCUCAACCGCUUCAACGGCAUGUCGGUGGCCGAAGUCAUGGCCAAAACUCUGCCAGAUGUUAUAACCUACAAUCUCGACAUAUUGAUAAUUGGAAUUAACCCAGGACUAUUGUCAGCCUACAAAGGACACCAUUAUCCAAACCCAGGAAAUCACUUCUGGAAAUGUCUGUUUCUGUCUGGUCUGACUGACCAACAGCUCAACUACACGCACGACCAGAGUCUGCCUGAGCAAUACAGCAUCGGCUUCACCAACAUGGUGGAAAGGACCACACCCGGCAGCAAGGACCUCUCCAGUAAGGAGAUUCGUGAAGGAGGACGACAGUUACUUGACAAGCUGCAGAAAUACAAGCCAUUAAUAGCAGCUUUUAAUGGAAAAGGUAUUUAUGAAAUCUUCUGCAAAGAAACCUUUGGUGUGAAGGCCAAGAACCUCGAGUUUGGUCUGCAGCCCUACAAAAUCCCAGAGACCGAAACAGUGUGCUACUUAAUGCCAUCUUCCAGCCCCCGCUGUGCCCAGUUUCCCCGCGCGCAAGAUAAGGUGCAUUUCUAUAUCAAGCUGAAGGAACUGCGAGACCAGAUGAAAGGCGUGAUACCUCCACAGGAGGUGCAAGAGACUGAGUACUCCUUCGACCUUCAGCUCGCUAAAGAGGAUGCUAAGAGGAUUUCAAUCAAAGAGGAGCAGUUGGACCCGGAGUAUGAAAGCUGUAGUGGGACGAUGCAAGGCAAAGAGUGAGAAGAGAAAAGAAGAGGCCGAUCUGCUGUAGCACUCAGAAAAGGACAUUGUAGGCUGGUCAGCAGACAACAUCACGUGGAACCACCACACCUGGGCAAAUCUGCUCAAAAGAUACCAAAUAUCAGCUGAACCAGUAGCACAACACACCAGUGAGGGGAAAAACUAACUCCACAACAGAAGAGAGGCCGCGCUGUUCCUGAAGCAUCACAAUGUUACGCACAAGAGAGAAAGUGCCCACGUUUUCUACCACUCGGACUGUGCAUGUUUUCUUGGUGUUAUUUUUAUCACAAUGUAUUUAUUGCAUUUUGUAUGAUACGUGUUUCCAGUGACUUAUUUUGUAUUUUGAUAGAAUGGUAUUUUAUGAUUUAUGGGCUGUAUAAAUGGAUAAUGGUACUCUGGAAUUUCUAAUCUGUAAGAACAGAGUUAUUAAAUCUCUUCUAAAGCUGA